CUACUCGUCGACUUUUGGUUGAAUUAAGAUUUCGUAUACCAAACUAUAAUUGCGUACUUUUCAUGUAUGGGCUCUCACUCAACUAUAAUAUUCAUUUCGAUACGCUGUAGUCAACUGUAAAAAAAUAGAAAGAACUAAACGGGCGCGGGGCGCGGGGUAGGAGUCGCGCGUUUAUGACUACCGAGAUACUUACCAAUUUUCAUUAAUUAUUAAGGUUUUAUAGUAAAAAAAGUUUUAUUUUAGAUGACUCGUAGAAAAGGUAUUGUAUAUAAUAGUGAUAUAAUCAAGCUUUUUAAUCUUGUACCUAACUUAGGCAACUCAGCAAGCUUCUUUGCCUAAACACGGUACUCGACUGAAAAGCUCUCUAUUAUAACACGAUUGUAUAAAAUACAAUUUUGUAUUGUUAAGGACGAACAGAUAAAUAAUAUAUCGAAGAAUAAAAUUGACAAUUUGUUCAGCAAACUUAUUGAAUAGCUAUUAAAUAUUAACAACAUUUGUUUUGAACAGAUAUUUUGGUUGUCUAUCGUUCCUAAAAUAUUACCUAACAAUAAAGAAUAUUUUGAACUGUGGACGUUAUCGUAAUGAAUAAAGUUUAAUGCGAAGUGUCAGAGGAAAUGUCACGCUCAAACGAACUGUCAGUCAGUUUGACAUGUUGACACGAAUCAUAACAAAUACAUAAUGGUAUAUGUACCUAGACACACUGUCACCAUCCCAUCAACGGACUAAUGUAAAAGCGGGCGGAGCGGCGGAAAGCGCCGAAAUUUUAAAACAUAACAAAUAUAAAAGCCUCGGUAGAGAGUACAAUUUUGUACUAUUUGGCGUUAAAAUUCUAGGUCCAUGGGGUCCCAGCGCAAUUUUUUUGCAGAAAGCAGACAUGCCUGCCGCCUCCCUGUCGUAUAAAAGCCUCCGGCAAUACCUUUUUGCUCUAUAGGCUUCGUAGGCUUAUACAGCUCAAUUGUUUUAUUAGCAACUGAUGUUUACUUCACCAUUUUAUAAAGCCGUUAUAAUCAUAUCCUAUAACAGGUUCAAAUAUAACCACUAUAGAGCAAUACUAUUAUUAUAAUGACGUAUCGUAUUACUUAUAUAUUUUACACAUUAAUAAUAUUUCUUUUUCUUUGUUUCAGAUUAAACAAACCGAGUGAACCUUCAAAAUGCCGCCAAAAAGCCUUAAAACGCGUGCGCAAUCAUUUAAACAUUUCACUACCCGUCAAUAGAUGGCGCUCCAAACAAUAAUACGCACUCCUAAAUAUAGAUGGCGUGUUCAACAAAGAGUUAACAGUGUUUUGUGCGGAUGACAGUAGAUGGCGCUGUCGUUAAAGAGUGUAGUGUUUUGUACUGUAGUGUAGUGGGUUAUAGUUUUAUUAGUGAUUUAGUGCUUGUGAGAUGCGAGACGGGUCCAGGCCAGGGCCGAGUGGUGCCUCUGCGGGGCAUGGUUUCGAGAAAGAUGAUGAAGGUUCCUCAGCCUCCGAAGACUGCAGUUACGAGGAGUUGAUGUCCUUGAAGGAACUGCUCCAUUUUCCGGAAGAAGUGGCCCUCCGGCUCACCGACACAGAAUAUCAGCUGUUUUACCAAGUGCCCCCAAUCGACUACCUCCGUCAAGUAACCUUAGACCUCGGCGGUUCGUGCGCGCUCGGUUCAGCCGCCGAACGCCCUGUGAUACGCCGCGCGCCGCCGACGCGCGCGCAACAAGCCACGCGCACCGUGCGCGCGCUAAUACACCGGUUCAACGAGGUGUCAGCGUGGGUGACAGAGCUGGUGCUGUCCCAAGCAGCUGAGGAUCGGAAGGCGGCACUAGCGUGUGUCCUCCGAGUAGCUCUUACGUGUUGGAACAUUGGCAAUUUCAACGGCGCCAUGGAGAUCGUUGCUGGGCUCAAAUCAACAAAGCUGAAGUCCUUCUGGACGUCUGUGUCAGACGAACCGCUGCCAGCCCUGGAUUUCCUCUCAGCUGCCCUUCUGUCAGCUGAAUACGAGCGAGCGCUGGGGAGAGCGCUGGCCAUGCCCGAGUGCCGACUGGUGCCUUUCUUUGGAGCCUUCCUGAGGGAACUGAGAGAGAUCCUGGCCGCGAGUCCAUCUCUCACCGGGACCCAUUCUGUAGCGCAGACCCCUACGCAUCACCGGAGGGAGUUUAAGAGAGAAUCUACUAAAGAGUCUGACAGAGGGUCUUUAAAAAGGGACCCGACGAGACGAGAAAGUGGCAAGCGGAUAGACCAGGGGACCACAACUAGUCCCUUAAGGGAUAGUGCCAAAAGGGACCCACGUGCGAGCGAAGCCAGUAGACAAGUGUACAUAGCGUCGUUCGACGAGGAGGGCGAGCAGACUCCCGGCUGGCGCCGCGUCGGACCUGAAGGUCUACUGAACCUGGAGAAGGUCUACCGCACCCAGGCUGUGAUGGACCACAUAGCCAGCUUCCACCAGCACCAUUACGCGCUGGCGAGAAACAAUACUCCUGUCUUUGGAGACUAUUUAAGAGCAGCAAUAUCCUCAUGCGACGAGCCCGUCUUCUCCCAACCCUCGCACCAAACCAGCUGGUCUUUCGAGAACGAAGCCCUAUACGAGCUGGAAGGUGGAGGGUACUGCCCUGUCCAGCCGUUACCCCAUGACCAUGGGGUGACCAUGUUCCCUCUGCAGCCGCAGCAUGGGGUUUGCAUGGAUCGACACGUGUUGCAGAUCAUGCAACACGGAACUGCGUGCGUGGUGGGGGACGCAGAGUGGGGCGGUACCGUCGCGCAACUGCGGCUUGAACGCGCAUGUGCGAUUUUGGCGUGGUGUAGGACACAGCACAGGCCUCAUGUUAGUCAUGGAGAAACCCCAUCGGAAAACGUGCAGCAGGCAGAAGUCAGUUUAUCAUAUAACCCCGAAGAAGUUAUACCCCUGAAGUACACAGCGAAUCUGGCUCACGAAAACGAAGCUGGCAUCGUAGGAGAGGAGGGUUUCAUCGACCUCCAAUGCGUGAAAGACAUGCGUCUAAACGGCAAGCUGCUAGAACCUCGGGACCUGGCGGAGCUGGCGCACACGGCUCGACGUUUCGGCCUCGACAGCGCGCACGGCACGCACGUCAUCUCACUCGUGUACGGGAGGACGCUGAGCGAUAACCGGACCGUGCACUUCAUGCUGCCCGCUUAUUUAUAUAGGGUAUGGGCAGUAGGCCUCCACGCGGUCAUCCGAGCCCUCAUGAGCCAGGCCAAGCUGGCGGACCGGAGUUUGGCCUGGCUGAAAAAUAAAUACACCGCGCUGUAUUAUGAGGACGGCUGCUGCUGUGAGCCGCUCGUCAGUGACGCUAUUCGGGUGUUCGGUGGGCGAGAGUCGACAUGCGGCAGUUCGUCACACUCCACACCAGUCAAAGGGGCCUUCACAGAUUCACAUUCAGACUCCAUAAGGAGUUCUGGCAUUAAAUUUAAGAAAAACAAAUCGGCGUCGGAACUGAAGACGAGUUCACCUAAAAGUUACGGUUCAACGCACACCUCAGGAACGAGGAGUGAAGAUGAAGUGGUUAUACAAGGAUCACCACGACAUAGUUCAUACUCAGCAGCGAUGAGCCAGCACCACCCGGCUGCACCGCGGCACAGCAGUCUGACCGCCGCAGCCACUAGCAUAAUGGGUGGUUCCCCUAACAGGAGUAGUUUACGAAGACUGGAAACCAGUGAGAGGUUCUGGGAAAACCUGAAACACCUACGGACGGGGUCCGUGGGGUAUGACACUCAACUCGACUUUAUGGACUUCGUUGCGCUGUUUCGGAGUUUCAGCUUGGUGAUGCGAUCGGAACUGCGAGAUGUGUUCGAACAGCUAGCAGUGCCCCGAGCGCGGUCGCCGCUCCUCGCUGAGAAAAGCAGAAGCUCACCCGAACUGUUCAGAAGUAAAACUGCCUUCAGAACGGGUCUUUUAACAAGAAACGGAUCUCUAGACCUGGAACCGCCUAGCGACAAAGCUGCCAGAAAAAAGGCCUUCGACCUGCUUGCCGCGGCUGCUUUACCAGGAGCCUGCCCAGAUGUCGGUGGCCGAGUGCUGUCUCUGCCUACCCUCGGCAAGUUCUGCGAAACCAGACAAAGCGAACCUAAGACUGAACAACAACUUAAGGAUAUUAUUCAGAGGCACGAGCCAGACCCUACUCUACGUGCCGAGAACUGCCUCUCUUUCGAGGGCUUUGUCCGUUUCCUGACUGACAAGGAUAACUAUGCGUUCGUUCCAGAACAGAGGAGGAAUAAUUUUGCUCAAAAACCUUCAGAAGACGAAGACCAAAGCCGAGAGCAAGCCAAAGAGAUGUCGGGGCCGCUAAGCCAGUACUACAUCGCUAGCAGCCACAAUACCUACUUAACUGGACACCAGCUUAAAGGAGAGUCGUCGGUCGAGUUAUAUAGCCAGGUAUUGCUGACAGGAUGUCGGUGCGUCGAACUAGAUUGUUGGGACGGCGACGACGGCAGUCCAGUUAUUUAUCACGGGCAUACAUUUACGACAAAAAUCCCAUUUCGAAGAGUCGUCGAAACGAUCGAAAGAAGUGCAUUCGUUGCUUCGCCGUACCCUUUGAUAUUGAGCAUAGAAAACCACUGCAGUCUGCCACAACAACAAGUCAUGGCUAGCACAUUUGAGGCAGUAUUCGGAGAUAAGUUGGUGACGUCGUUCCUUUUCGAAGUGGACUACACGGACGAGCCCAGACUGCCUAGCCCGGAGCAGCUUAAAUACAAGGUGCUAAUAAAAAAUAAAAAGCUUCUCCCAAUUGAGGCAAGCCCCACUGUUGGGCUGACGGGGGCCAGCUCUGCACAAGGCUACGGUGGAGUCUUAGCUACCGCCUUCAGCAGGUCCAACGGCAUUCGUCAUACCAGCACAUCACUCCCUGAACAAGGAGUCCGGAACAGCUCGCUGUCUCAACAAUCUGGGAGCAGCCUAGCGGAAUACUUCUCGGACGAAGAUUAUGAUGAUGAUGAGGAACUAGAUGACAAAGAGCUCCACAAAAUCCUCAACUCUAUGGAAGAAAAAUGCGGGCGCGCGUCUUUAUCACUAUACAGAAGUCUUCGACCAGACACGAAACAGAGCAGUGCCGCCAGAAAACGGAGCAACCAGAUAGCCAAGGAACUCAGUGACAUGGUCACGUAUGUCCAGGCAAUCAAAUUCCGCGGCCUUAAUCCACUGUCACCUCGCAGCUCAGUCAAGCAGACUAGCAAAGACAGUGCCCCCUGUAGCAGCUUCGAAUCCUCAGAGAGUAGCGACAGCACUGGAACGCAGUUGGCAGUGACCAGGGCACGAUGCCUCAACGCACCAGCCUUACACCACCCCUGCUACCGCUGCAGCUCCGUCAACGAAGCUAUCGGGAAGAAGAUCUGCAGAAAACACCCGCUCGCUCUAGUAGCACAUACGGAGACGCAACUCGUCCGGACUUAUCCCGCCGGCCUAAGAAUAGACUCAUCCAACUUCGACCCAGUAACCUUCUGGUGCUGCGGCGUCCAACUAGUGGCUCUUAACUACCAAACAGAAGAUGCGGCGAUGGCAGUCAACGCCGCCAUGUUUGAGAGCAAUGGCUCCGUGGGAUAUGUCAGGAAACCAGCUGUUAUGUGGGAUCCAGGACACAUCGCUUACAGGAGAUUUAACCCAAUGGAGAAAGAAUUUGACGGCAUCCACGCAGCCCACCUCACCCUAUCCGUGAUAUCGGGGCAAUAUGUUGCAGAAAACGUGUACUCUUUCUACAACGCCUUCGUGGAGGUAGAAGUGUUGGGUGUUCCGGCGGACUGCAGGAAAUUAAGGACUAGGGCUGCGAGAAGGAACGCUUUGAAUCCUGUGUGGCAUGAUACUUUUAAUUUCAAGAUCAACUUUCCCGAGCUAGCAUUGAUACGGUUCGAAGUAUACGAUGCAGAUACUAAUUAUAUGCUAUCUCAAAGGGUGAUACCUCUCUCCUGCCUUCGGCCUGGUUACCGACAUGUGCGGUUACGAUCACCAACAAACCAGUCUCUCAACAUGGCGUCCCUCCUCAUAUUCUCCCGCUGCGGAGAAGAGGAAGCAGGCGAGAGCUCCCGAACUGACCUUGAGGAGCCCCGAUCUCCUCAGCAGAGGAGGAAGAUCCACUUCCUCGUUGUGCACGCUGUCAGGAGACGAGAGCCGUACUCUAUAUUGAAGGUCACACAGGAUACUACUACCAAUGAGGCGAUAGCUCAGUGCCUCACAAAAGCCGGCGUCUGCCGAACAUCCCGGGGCAACUACGUCCUCGUGGAAGAAGUCCCAUCACGAACCCCCACACAGAGAGUACUAGCACCACACGAAAGGGUCAUGAGGGCUGCCGCUAGCAGGCCAGGCGCAAGGUUGCUGUUGAAGAAAGUCGGUGAUGACCCUAGCUCUAGGGCGUGGCUUACUAGUAUCAGGUCUAACUCCAACGAACGCCCUGCAGCUCGCUCCUCAUCUCCUCCUGGGGAAGAAGAACCUCGGAAACCACCGGACAGCUUUCUAGUGUGUGUCCACAACGUGUCACACGAGAUACCUUAUGCUAUCCUAAAGGUGCCUUUAAAUGCGACUGCGUCUUACGUCGUCUACCAGGCGUUAACGAAGGCGCGUUGCCAGGACGAUCCAAAGAGAUUCGUGCUGGUAGAGGAGCUGGAGUGGGGCGGGCGCGCCGGCGCCGGGCCGCAGCAGCGGGCCCUGGCUGACGAUGAGGUCGUCUACACGGCACAGGCUGGCUGGAAAACCCUAGGCCGUUUCGUCCUCCAAGAGAAGGGCAGCACAGCCCCCAUUCCCAGACACCGCGCCGCCAUCGCCAGGAUCCAACGAGGACUUAGCAUCACGCGCGGCGCCAUUACAGGCACCUCACCGUUCCCGCUAGGAGGCAGUUUCAUGUCCACAGAAGCGAACGAAGUAAAACCACCAAUUCCGGCGGCGUACAGUGACCCUACACAUUGCCGGAGAGUGUCAUCCACGCCCUUAGGCAAAGGCAUAGGACGCUCGAAAGGUCACUCCGACAAAGACGUCCGUUCCUUCAUGCAAAGGCGGGCAGCUUCAAGAGAGGUCCACUCCGAAGGUGAAACCCAGGGCGGGUCGCUAGGGGCGGAGGCCCUGGCAGCCCAAGUGGCGCGCUUCAAGAGAGUCUCCCUCCGGAAACUGCGCGCUUGGCGCUCCUGAGUGUGGCAGGUAUUCCGUCGCCUCGGUACCAGUUUAGCCCACCACCGCGCCUCCCUAUCCUCGGAACUCGGUUCCAUCUGGGAUUUCCUCCGACUCGACCGGGACCGGGACCGCGACCGCGACCGGGACCGGCGCCGCUCCGAGCCCG